AUGAUCAGUUCAUACCCUACAACCGCCGCUGCCACCACCAUCACCGCCGUUGACUGCCAUAAACAAGUCCGGUCGUGGAGGCUCCUCCGCUCUCUCGUGGAGCUACUCAUCCCCACUUGCAACUGCACCUUUGUCGAAAACGACAAAGAAAACGACAAGAAUAUUCCCUACAACUUCAAUUACAAUAAUCACCGUCAUCAGUUAUCACUAUCAUCUUCCUCUGUUAUGACGGGGACUAUCUUCGGCUAUCGUCGAGGAAAAGUCAACUUUUGUAUACAAACAAACCCUAAAUCGAGCGCCACCCCGAUUAUCCUCCUUGAACUUGCUGUCUCCACCUCCACUCUUGCCAGGGAAAUGCAAGGAGGAGUUGUGAGAAUUGCUUUGGAGAGUGGCAAUAAUAGUGGAGAUGGAGAUCAACCCCUAUUAAGGAUGUAUUGUAAUGGGGAAAAGGUAGGAUUUGCUGUGAAAAGAAAACCUACAAAAAUUGAUUUACAAGUAUUGGCACAAAUGGAAUUAGUUAGUAUUGGAGCAGGAAUUAUUCAUGGGAAAGAGAUAAAAAAUGAUGAUGAUAUUAUGUAUCUUAGAGGAAAAUUUGAGAGGGUCCAUGGACCUUAUGAUAACUCAGAAUCAUUUCAUUUGAUUGAUCCUGAAGGAAGUAUGGGCCAAGAAUUAAGUAUUUUCUUUUUAUCCUCUCGUUGCUGA